AUUUGAGGUAGCGGUAUGCGCUUCGCAAGUGUGGAAGGAGGUUUGUGCUGCAAAGCGUGGUCUUCUAGAAGAAGUUUUUCACGGCAGCUUCGUCACGGAGCUGAAUGCGGCACGCGCAUUGCUUUCUCAUGCGGCAAGCCUACAGUGGUUAUCCUUUGUUGAUUCACAGAUGAAUUCUUCAACUCCAAAAAGUGCUUCGCAAAUUCAGCAGCACAUUCAGUCGAAAAUAACAAAAGUGGCCAGUGGAUUGCAGCGUUUGGCAAGUCGGAAAACACUGAGCAGCUCGAAUUCAGUUUCCAGCUUCACGUUCUGGCGGCAGUCCAAUAUUUCCACAGAGGUUACUUGCCUGAUCUUGUAA